GCAUUGCAUUAGCUAAUGGACGUUUAUUAUUGCCUGUUUCCAUUGGAAAUUGGACACAGAAGCAGUGUGAAUUCUACAUUAUGUUUGUCGCACUUUGUGGAUCAUUCUGGAACUUUCCAGAUUGCAACUGGGGAAGAUGCUCUCACGCGUUGCAAGUGCAUUCGGUCGUUUUCGUGUGUGACGCGCAGUCAGAAAAUCCGUCUUCUAUCGAUCGCUACAGUAAAUUUUUCGAAUCCCGAACUCAAGCCCCCAAGAAUAUUCGCCAAAAUGUCCUUAUUCGGAUAUGUGGGUGAUGACGAUAUUUUCAACUUUUUCGGCUCGUCAAUGAAUACCAUGAGGCACAUGAAUACCAUGAUGAACUCCAUGCUCACUGACCCGUUUAACAUGAUGAAUCAGAAUGCUCUUAUGCCUCAUCAUGGUAGAAGCCCUUACAACGACAUGCCACUCUCGCUAUUUGACCAACAUUAUGGCAGAUUUGGUUUUAAUAAUAUGGCACCAGCUGGAAAUUGUCAUUCGUUUAUGAGCCAGUCUGUAAUGACUAUGUCCAGUGGCCCUGAUGGACGCCCACAAGUUUAUCAAGAAACUAUGUCUACAAGAGUGGCACCUGGUGGUAUAAAAGAAACUAAAAAGACAGUAAGCGACUCUCGUACUGGAACAAGAAAAAUGGCUAUUGGUCAUCAUAUUGGCGAAAGGGCACAUAUCCUUGAAAGAGAGCGAAAUGUGCAUGGUGAUGAAGAAGAACACCAGGAAUUUAUCAAUCUUGAGGAAGAAGAGGCAGAGAGUUUCAAUCACGAGUGGGAAACGCGUACACGACGCGUUGCUGGUGCAAUUGGUGCUGCAGGUUCAGGUAUAACUGCUAGUAACUACAGACAUCAACCAGAGCCAAGACAAUUGGCUUUACCAUCUACCACAAAUGUACCAAGUGGACAUUCUAAUAGAAGUACACGAUGGGUGGCCUCUCCUAGACGUGCUAUAAGGUCCUUGAAUUCUAAAGUAAAAAAUGCCUCUCCACGGUACAGCCGCAAAUAUUAAUAAGUUAAAAGCAUAGUAAACAGCAGUGACACUUGUGCAACGUAACUACAAAUCUCCGGAAUCCGCCACACCUUCGAGGGCUGAAGUAUUACCGACGUCAGCGUCUGCCUCAGGAUCUCGAAAACGUGAACGUGAGCCGGAUAAACAAGUCAGUAAUAAGCGUCACGCUGUACCCGAUAGUGACGACUAGAUCAUCUCAAAUUAUUAUUCGCAAUAUACUUUACUCUAUCCCCAUUAUAAAAAAACCUCGAUAAUAAGACACUUUAAACAGAGCAGGUUUAGAAACCCUUCUUUUUCAUAAUUAUUAACGUUUUAAGGAUAUUAUAUAAUUAUUUUUUCUAAUGGUUGUUUUCCCACUCGCUCAUAAAAUACAUUCUUCUUUUGAUAUAAUAAUCACUUAAAUCAAUACAGUAUAAAGCUUUUUAAGUAGCGAAGUCAUUAUCUUGUAAAACUAUUUAUUCCAAUAGUUUUAGUUCAAUUAUAUGUGAAAAAGGUAACAAAUAAAUUUUUGAAGAAUAAUACAUAUUUUUGUUAUUAAUGAAAGGAAUUGUUAAUUUUUGUUGAAACGUGUUUUAUCUUUUAAUGUGUUAGAUUUAUCAGGUGUAUCAGUAUGUACAAAUUACAUGAGAAUAGUAAUAAGUACAAUUCUGUUUAUAUGAAAGAUAUGAAUAGUCAUGAAAUUUUGUUAGAUUUAGAUUCUGAGAUCUUAUAUAGAAAAUACAAAUAUGCUUACGUAUGUAAUUAGACAUACUGACAUGAGUUUCUGCUAGGUUCGCCUUUAUGUAAUGGAAUAUUUAAUUGUAAAAUAAAUAAUUUCUUGUUUCAAAUA